UACCUCCAAAGCAACACACCAUGCUCUUAUACCUCUUCUUCUUCUUCUUCUUCUCCUCACUUCUAUCAUGCAAAGCUCAUCCUCUAGACCCUCUCAGUCCCUCAGAGUUCAUCGUCAUCCAACAAACCAUAAAAACCUCCAACCUCUUCUCAUCAACUCCUCUAUACUUCCAAUACAUCGGCCUCGCCGAUCCCGACAAGCUCCUUCUCCUCUCAUGGCUCUCCAACACCUCCAACUCCCCACCACCUCGCCAGGCCUUCAUCAUUGCAAGGUCCGACCACCAAACUCAUGAACUCCACGUUGACAUAUCCACCAAAUCCAUCAUCUCAAACACAGUCUACACUGGCUUCUCUUUCCCUUUGCUCAACUUUGAAGAACAAACAGCAGCCUCAAACCUCCCUUUCAACUACACUCCAUUCAUGAACUCUAUCAAGAAGAGAGGUUUGAAGUCUAGUGAAGUUGUUUGUACUACCUUCACAGUUGGAUGGUUUGGUGAAGUGAAGAAGAGCAAGAGGUUGUUGAAGAUCUUGUGUUUUGCUACUGGUGAUACUGUCAACCUUUAUGUGAGGCCUCUUGAAGGGAUCACCAUUGUUGUGGACCUUGAUUUGAUGGAGAUUGUGGAUUACACUGACCGGUUUGUUGUUCCGGUGCCGGUGGCCGGAGGAACGGAUUACCGCAGCAAGAAGCAGAAGCCGCCGUUUGGGCCGAGAGGGAAGCCGGUGACAGUGGUUCAACCGGAGGGGAAGGGCUUCUCCAUUGAUGGCCAUUCUAUUAGUUGGGCGAAUUGGAAAUUCCAUCUAAGUUAUGAUGUACGGGCAGGAGCUAUCAUAUCUCUUGCCUCUGUUCAAGCACAUGAUGCAAAAUUAUAUCGUCUGGUGCUUUAUAAAGGAUUUGUAUCAGAAGUGUUUGUACCAUAUCAAGAUCCUACAGAAGAGUGGUAUUACAAGACAUUUUUUGAUGCCGGAGAGUUCGGCUUUGGUCUCUCCGCCUCAUCUCUCCAACCAAUGAGUGACUGUCCGACCAACGCCGAGUUUUUAGACGGGUAUUAUGCUGCUCAAAAUGGGUCCCCAGUAAAGAUCAAGAAUGUGUUUUGUGUAUUUGAGAGGUAUUCAGGUGAUUCUGCUUGGAGACAUACCGAGAUUGGAAUACCAGGGAUGGUGAUUACUGAAGUACGUCCAGAGAUCAGUUUAGUGGUGAGGAUGGUCUCGACUAUUGGAAAUUAUGAUUAUGUCACUGACUGGGAGUUCAAGACUAGUGGCGCUAUUAAGUUCACCGUUACAUUGACUGGUAUCUUGGAAGUGAAGGGCACAUCAUACACCCAUGCAAGACAAGUAGAGCAAGACAUUGACUUGUAUGGUUCAUUGUUAGCUAAGAACACAAUUGGUGUUAACCAUGACCAUUUCAUAACAUACUACUUGGACCUUGACAUUGAUGGCUACAAUAAUUCAUUUGUCAAGGCCAAAAUGAAAACCGUCAAUGUCAUUGAUGGUAGUAGCCCUAGAAAAAGCUACUGGACAUUUGUUAAAGAAAUUGCUGAAACAGAAGCCGAUGCGAGAAUUGAGCUCGAAGCCGAACCGGCGGAAUAUUUAGUUGUGAAUACUAACAAAAAGACUAAGAUAGGGAAUGAUGUUGGUUAUCGUUUUAUCAGUCACGGUGCGUCAUCAAUUUCUCUGUUGUCAGAUGAUGAUUAUCCUCAAAUAAGAGCUGGUUAUACUAAGAAGCAAUUAUGGGUGACUGCUUAUAAUGUGUCCGAGAAGUGGGCUGCCGGGUUAUACACUGAUCAAAGUAGAGGUGAUGACACUAUAAAUACUUGGAGUCAGAGGAAUAGAGUGAUAAAUAAUAAGGAUAUAGUGGUGUGGUACACAAUAGGGUUCCAUCAUGCACCUUAUCAAGAAGAUUUCCCGUUGAUGCCAAGUUUGAGUGGUGGAUUUGAACUUAGGCCUUCCAACUUCUUUGAGACUAAUCCAUUGAUCAAGACUAUGCCUUUCAACGAAACACAUUGGCCCAAGUGCACCAAUAAUCUUUAGAAAAAUUAUUUUAUUAUUAUUAUUAUUAUUAUACUUUUGCUAUUGGAAUGAUAUAAUAAAUGAGUGGGGCCUAGAGUAGUAUACUCCCUCUUGCAACUCGUGCAGGCAUGUGUUACCAAACGGUAGUCUUUGUUGAUUUAACUGCCUAUCUUCAGCACCUGUUGCCUCUUCCUUCUUUUUUUUUUUAUUUAUGUGUAUCUCACCUCUAAUGAGAGACUUCAGUUUGUUACUUUUCUUUUUCGGUAUUUUUUUCAUUUGUGUGUUUGUCUUG